UCAUCUGAUAUCAUAAUAGUAAGAAACAAUUGUUUUAAUGAAUUUAAUCUGUGUUUGACAUUAAAACAAAGUCGCAAUUUUUCAUUUAACACAUUUGUCAUUUUCCAUUAUAUUAAAAUUCUUGGUAUGGGUAUUCCAUGGGGAAAACCAAAGAAAAAUUUGGAAAAUCAGGGUCCGCGUUUUUCAGUUUCAAAAAUUAAAUUUGACACAACACCAGUAACCUAUCCAGAAAUGGAGAACAGUUUGCUACUAAUGAAAGGGGUAGAAAACGGAUUUUAUGUGAGUGAGGAAAUCAUGAACAAGCUUUAUUUGAGACAAAAGGAAGAGAUGGACGGCGUUUGUUUGAUCACCCCACAAAUUCUUAAAGAUGUUCGCGCUAUUUGUAAAGUUAUCAAUGAAGAUUACUGUUUCACGAAUCAUAAGAGAAUUUUAAACUUUUCACUAAUAAAACUGAAAAGUUUGCAACCGUUUCAGAGAAUUUUUUUCGAAAAAUUCGUGGAGGCGGCGCAAUUCUGCCGGCAUAAAUUUAGAAUGAAUAUAGACGACCGCAUUGUUAAUCAUUUUUCGGUCAUCAUGAUGAUAUUCCCCGUCAUUAUCCAGUACAUUGAAGACGACGACGUUAGGGUGUUUGAAUUGCUGAAGCAGAUUGCAAUCGCGCACGCAGACAUGCAGGUCCAGACUUCACAUUUGAAACUGUUUUUUGUCAGUUUGACCAAUAUUCUGAUCCAUGGAGAGUUCAUUAGUCGAGACCAUUUGGAACCGAUUAUAAUUUUUUUUAUGACCAUAGCCAAUUACAUGAUUAACUAUUUGGACAGUUACUGUCGAUGUCCGCAUAAAGAUGAUGGAGUCGAUAGAUAUAUGAGCCGAUAUAGAAAGAAUUACAGGAUGUUGAAAAGGUAUCAUACACUAAUGGAUGAAAUAAAUGAAAAAGUAAUCUUCUACGAUAAAAGACGGAAAGUUAAAAGUAUGUCUAAUAAAAUCGGCAGCGAAGAAGAGAGCUAUAGCGAAAGUCUUGAAACGAUGGCAAAAAGAACGUGUUUGUUCGGUUGGUGUUAUCGAGAUUCAAAAGAUUAAAAUAU